AUGACCUGGAUCCGUCCUGUCCUGAUUGCCCUGGUUGUGGCGCUUCUUGUCCUGACCCUGAACUAUGGGGCAGAGAGUGCAGCGGUGCGGGACGACUCAGCGAAAAAAGAGGCUGCUGACCCUCAAGGCGCGGCCAGGAGGAUCUUCAUGCCCCAGUCCGACGCUGCCAACUUCUUCAGACGCCGCAGCAGGAGGUCUGUGAAGUCGCAGGACGAGCUCAAUGCUGAGCAGAGGGUGAGACUGGCUGCAGAUGAGCGCAGGAGGGAGUACUAUGAGGAGCAGAGGAAUGAGUUUGAGAACUACGUGGAGGAGGAGCGCGACGAGCAGAACGAGAGGACCCGCGAGAAGACCGAGCAGUGGAGGGAGUUUCACUAUGACGGGCUUUACCCUUCCUACCUGUACAACCGCCACCACAUCUGAGCCUGCUGUUGCCAGGGGAGACGUGGGGGGGGAGAACACAGG